CGUGUCAGCCAGACGGGGUACAAUUGGAAUUUGGAAACUGAAAACGAAAGUCAUCGUCUCCGCUACGCAAGCAGAAAAUAUCCCAACUCCCCCGACGACACCGUUCUCGGCGGCCGAUACACCGCAACAAAUCCACAUGUCUACCACUCCACCACCAACCCUUCCUUCUCCCUGCAGAAGAAACCCUAAUAAAUCCCUAAAGCCCUCUUCUUCUCCAUUUCCUCUGUGUUCGAAGCCUUCAUACCUUCGAUUCCUCGAAGAUAAGAACCGGAUUCGAUGCGAGCUCACGAGCUUCGAAAGCCCCCAAAAGUGGACCGUUGAUUGCGUCUCUGGUAGCGAUCCUAUUCACAUCAUCCUUAAACCUCCUUCUCCUAUUCCAAUGGCGUUGGAUUCAAGUCUGAAUAACUCCAAGAAGGUAUGCCUCUUCUAUUGUGCCGAAAUGCAAGCCCUUGCCGAAAGAAUCGCUGCCGAAUCCGACGCCAUUGAGCUUCGUAGUAUCACCUGGAGGAAAUUUGAAGAUGGAUUCCCCAACUUGUUCAUAUCUAAUGCUCAUGGCAUUCGGGGACAACAUGUAGCUUUUCUGGCUUCAUUUAGUUCUCCAGGAGUAAUUUUUGAGCAACUUUCUGUCAUCUAUGCAUUGCCGAAGCUGUUUAUCUCCUCGUUCACACUUGUCCUUCCCUUUUUCCCCACGGGCACAUCUGAGCGCAUGGAGGAGGAAGGAGAUAUAGCCACAGCUUUUACCCUUGCUAGGAUCUUGUCACACAUUCCAAUUUCAAGGGGAGGGCCCUCUAGCUUAGUGAUUUUUGAUAUCCAUGCCUUGCAGGAGAGAUUCUACUUUGGUGAUAAUAUUUUACCAUGCUUUGAGAGUGGCAUUUGUUUGCUUAAAAAUAGACUUCAACAACUCCCUGAUUCUGACAAUAUAUGCGUCGCUUUUCCUGAUGAUGGUGCAUGGAAACGCUUUCAUAAGCAGCUUCAGCAUUUCCCAACGAUUAUUUGUACGAAAGUUCGGGAAGGUGGUCAACGGAUUGUGCGCCUAAAAGAGGGAGACCCUAAAGGACGUCAUGUUGUGAUAGUUGAUGAUCUAGUACAAUCAGGUGGCACUCUGAUUGAGUGUCAGAAAGUUUUGGCCAAACAUGGAGCAGCAAAAGUCAGUGCCUAUGUGACACAUGGAAUUUUUCCUCAUAGGUCUUGGGAACGAUUUGAACAUGAUAAUGGAGGGUGCCCGGAGAAUGGGUUGAGUUACUUCUGGAUCACAGACUCGUGCCCGCUGACGGUGAAGGAGGUGAAGAACAGAGCCCCAUUCGAAGUUCUUAGCCUUGCGGCUCCAAUAGCAUCUGCUCUCCAAAUUUAAUAAUGGCACCACAGCAUUAAAUCCACUAACUCUUGAAUACUUAGUGGGGAAUUGAAUUUAAUCUUUCUGUUUGUUUCAUCUUUCGUACGUCAUUAUACAGAUGGAGGCUGAAACAGGCGGCAUGAGUAUAUUGGUGAUCCGUGUUGCUUUUAUGCAAUAAAAUUUAGCCAGCACUUUGAUAAAUUAGCUGGAAAUUUUGGAGGACAAAGCCAUAGUUGGCUUUUGAAGGAAACAUGUGUAUAGGUUUGUUUAAAGAAAUGUCGAUGCCAAAUGUUCUAGCAUUGACAGUCUGUUGGUAAUAGGAUUAUGACUAUUCUACCCUUUUGCUUGUCAAGACUAUUGCCUUCCUUCUCGAUAAUAAAGUGAUGUAAAACCCCAAAAUUAUUUGCUUUAAGCUGUUGUUUGAUUAGCAACUCCUGAUGGAAACUGUAGGCCAUUGGCUAGUGUGGUAAAAUGCUGACUAGCAAAUGUUGUGCGAAUUGAGUUCGAA